AUGUGGGGCAGGCAAUUCCGGCCGCCCGCCCUACGGUGGGUGAACAGGAACAGCAGAGCGCUCAGAAUACCAGCAGGCCUUCGCGGCCCUCGAAACACGUUACGGCGCAGAGAAUUUCCUCAGCCAAUAUCCAGAAACCGUUCUUCGCCGAAGAAUGCGCCUUCAGAUGUCCCGCCAGAACAGCUCUCCUCGAACUACGAAUACCUGUCCUCGACCCUUCGCGACACCAGUCCCGAGCAGAACAGUCUCCUGUCGCCCGUACAUAUACCCGAAGACCCAAAUGCAAUCCUCAAAGAGCGGCAUCCUGCGGCAAAGAUCCUGGCGAAUUCAGGGUUGGUGGUUCAAAGACAGUUGGAGCUGAUGAAUGUCAUGCUCGGGUUUGAACAAGCAAACCGCUAUGUCAUUCUCGAUGCAAACGGGAAUCAUGUAGGGUACAUGGCGGAGCAAGAGAGCGGUUUUGGAAGCAUGAUGGCGCGACAGUGGUUCCGCACGCAUCGGAGUUUCGUCACCCAUGUGUUUGACAAGGACGAGAAUGAGGUCCUCCGGUUUCAUCGUCCGUUCGCAUGGAUCAACUCCCGGAUUCGCGUCUAUGACCCUCUGGAACUCGCCAAUCCCUCAUACUCGCCUUCCGGCACGCUCCAAGGCGCCUCUCCCACUGCACUGGUCUCGGUUGCGGGUGGAUCGAAUGUAAAAGUAUCGCCUCUCGCAAUUGAAGAUAUGCGUGUCGUCGGCGAGGCGCAGCAACGAUGGGCUCCCCUGCGACGGAAAUACGAUCUCUUUAUCUUCCACCCUACGCCAACCUCACAGACUGACAUGGGAUCCAAACCGAUCUCAAGUGAUGCGCUCUCACAACCUCAGCAAACGCAGUUGCUCCACGCUUCUGGGGGUCAGAACACCGGGGGAGAAUACCAUCAGUUUGCAUACGUCGAUGAACCUUUCCUCUCGUGGGAUUUCUCUCUCCGGUCGGCAGAUAACCGCCUCAUUGGAUCUGUCAAUCGCAACUUCACUGGAUUCGCCCGCGAAAUUUUUACCGACACCGGCGUCUAUGCCCUGAGGAUGGAUGCUGCCGCCUUGGCAGAAGAAAGGGAACAGCGGCAUCUCAUCUCCCAGACGGGUCAGGCCCCUACCGCAUAUACUGGGAAUUUCACAGGGAUGACCCUUGACCAACGUGCUGUGAUGCUGGCGACCGCUGUCAGCAUUGACUUUGAUUACUUUAGCCGCCACAGUCACGCUGGUGGAGGGUUCAUGCCCCUGUGGUUCCCCGGCGUAGGCAGCGAGGCUUCUGCAGGUGGUGCAGCAGCGGGCGAAGCUGGGGCUGCUGGAGCCGGAGCCGGAGCUGCAGCUGCCGGUUCUGAAGCAGCCGCCGCUAGUCAGGCAGCAGGAGCGGCAGAGGCAGCAGCUGUCGGAGAGACUGGCGCAGGCGCUCUUGGGAGAGCUGGAACCGCUGGGAGUCUGGGAGAAGCUGCUGCUGCGGGCGCUGCCGGUGCCGGUACUAUGGCAGGCUACGAGGCCAUGCGGAGAGGAUUGUACAGUGACCCUCAGACUUCCUUACCAGGGGAGCAACGACAAGAACCUCCCCAACCGCAAAAGGAUGAAGAGCUCUGGGGAGAGAGUUACGAGGAUUUCUGGGCUCAAGGCGGCGGCGCUAAUCGCGGUGAAGAGUUCGAAGGCGAGGAAGAAGAAGAAGAAGGAGACGACUGGUUUUAA